AUGUCCUUCUCCAGUGACGAGAAGAAACCCACGCGGACGCGUGGUGGUGGAGCUCUUACGGAUCCUCACGCUGUAAAGUUGCACGGUAAUGAUUUUUCCUUGGAUGAAAAAUUGGGUGGACUGGCCCCCGAGGAGCGCAAAGUGGUCGCAGAAUACAUUGAAAAAUGCGAAGAAACCCUUCUCCAACUUAGCAAGAGAGGCUGCAAUACUCCUAUCAUUCCUUUUAACAGUGAGAACCACUCCUGGGACUCUCUUUACAAGGUUAAUAAGAGGCAUUUCCCUCUUAAAAAUUACAUUAUUCUAGCAUUUCCUCUGCUAAAGUCAAUAUGUUGUGGGCCAAAGCGUGAAAGCAAGUACAUUGUUGAAUGCGGUUGCGGGACAGGGAGUACACUGCUACCAAUAAUGAAUCAGUUCAAAGACGGAGUUCACUUCAUUGGAUUUGAUGUAUCCACCGCUGCUGUAUCAGCGUUGUUGGAACACCCGAUUGCCAGUGAUUUUAGUGCAGAGGGGCGACUGACCGUUUUCCCCUAUGACUUGUGCUACGGCCGUGUCAGUGCGUCUGAGGAUUGUAGGAGGACUAAGUUCAAAACGGAAUGUGGUACCUUGAAAACUACUUUGUUGGAAAAAGUGCCUGGUUGCUCUAAAGGUGUGGACGCAGCUAUCUUAGUUUUCGUCCUUUCGUCGUUGCCUACCAUUGAGUGCAUGCUCUAUGCGUUGACGGAGAUUAAGAGCAUACUCCAUAAUGAUGGUAUUCUUUUGUUUCGUGAUUACGCUGUUCCCGAUCAUAAUCUCUUUCGAUUCGUCCGGCAACAAAACAAAAAACAUAACGAUUUGAGUUUUUGUAAAGGCGAUGGAACCUUGCAAAUGUUUUUUGAGCUGAACUUCACAAGAAAGUUGUUUGCGUUAGCGGGGUUGAAGGAGGUCGAGGGUCACGGAUUGCAAUACCAUUGUAACCGCAUUGUUAAUAGAAAGAACAGUAAAAGAAUGGAUAAGAUAUUCAUAAAUGGCAGCUUUUGUUUAUCUUAA